UUCAUAAGUAAGUAAGUACUUACCAAAGAUAUGCAUAUGCUGCACCAAUUUGGAUAUCUUCCAACACCAAAACCUUAAACUGAAAAACUCUUUAGCAUCAAAACCCGUUACCCAGAAAAACAUGUUACCACUAUAAUUCUCAGUUCUUACUUCACUUCAAUUUUCACAAAAUACCAUUUUUGUCUGAGCAAAAAUAGCAAUGUUUGCAAAACUCCAGCUAGACACCAGUUGCUUCAACAUUUUGUGCUCCACAAAAACUUCAGCACCCAACAUUUCAGGAGUUUCAGUUUCAGUUUCUCCACUAGAAAAACUCGAACCCAUCAACAGAAACAAGCAACAUAGACUUCUCGAGACUCCCAAUGGAGGAGGAACCAAGAAAUUCCAUGGAGUUCGAAAACAAACUCUUGAUAAUCAACCUGAGCCAAGUGAUCAGACUUUGGAGAAAAACCCAGGUAGAGAAAGGAGAGAAAAAAAGAGGCAGAGUUUCAAAUUUGUAAAUAAAGGAGGUAAAUUUGGUGGAUUUAAUGGGAAAAAUUUGGUGGAGAAAAUGCAGGCCAAGUGUUCGACGAAAUGGGUUUCCUAUGGAGGUUGUAUUCCAGCGAUUUUGGGAGCUUUGGAUAACGUUAAGGAUUUGGAUGAGGCAUUGAAGCCGUGGGCUGAAAAGUUAAGUAACAAAGAAAGGAGUAUAAUUUUAAAGGAGCAAUCAAGUUGGGAACGGGCUUUAGAGAUUUUUGAGUGGUUUAAGAGAAAACAGUGUUACGAGUUGAAUGUAAUUCAUUACAAUAUUAUGUUUAGAAUUCUUGGGAAAGCUCAUAAAUGGGGUUAUGUUGAGAGGUUAUGGAACGAGAUGACUUUUAGAGGGAUCAAACCGAUUAAUUCUACUUAUGGUACUUUGAUUGAUGUUUAUAGUAAAGGUGGGAAGAAGCAACAGGCUCUUUGUUGGCUUGGAAAGAUGAAUAAGCAAGGGAUGGAGCCUGAUGAGGUGACUAUGGGAAUCGUUGUGCAGUUGUAUAAGAAAGCGGGUGAGUUUCAAAAUGCUGAGGAGUUUUUCAAGAAGUGGUCAUGGAAUGGAUCUUUGAAGCAUGAUGGAAGUGAAACAUUCAGUGCAGUGGGAAGUGAUUUACAUUUAAGCUCGUAUACGUAUAACACUUUGAUAGAUACAUAUGGAAAGGCAGGGCAGCUUCAAGAGGCUUCUGAAACAUUUGAAAUGAUGCUUAGAGAAGGGAUUGUUCCAACUACUGUCACUUUUAAUACAAUGAUUCACAUUUGCGGUAAUCAUGGAAAGUUAGAAGAAGUGGCUUCACUUAUGAAGAAGAUGGAGGAGGUUCAGUGCCUACCUGACACUAGAACAUAUAAUAUUCUCAUCUCUCUCCAUGCUAAGCAUGAUGAUAUAAAGAUGGCAGCAGGCUAUUUUGCAAAGAUGAAGGAGGUCUGCCUUGAACCAGAUCUUGUGAGUUAUCGCACCCUCUUGUAUGCAUACUCAAUAAGGCAAAUGGUUAGUGAAGCUGAAGACCUCAUAAAUGAGAUGGAUGAACAACUUCUUGAAAUUGAUGAAUAUACGCAAUCUGCUCUGACCAGAAUGUACAUAGAAGCUGGGAUGCUUGAGAAGUCGUGGUUAUGGUUCAGGAGGUUUCACCUUGCAGGGAAUAUGAGUUCAGAGGGCUACUCUGCAAACAUUGAUGCAUUUGGGGAGCGGGGACAUGUUUUUGAAGCUGAAAAAGUUUUUGUCUGUUGCCAAGAAAGGGAGACGCUUACUGUCCUUGAGUUUAAUGUAAUGAUUAAAGCUUAUGGGAUAGGGAAGAGUUUUGAAAAAGCAUGUUGGUUAUUUGAUAGCAUGCAGGGUCAUGGUGUAGUUCCAGACAAAUGCAGUUAUAAUUCUCUCAUACAGAUUUUGGCUAGUGCAGACUUACCACAUGUGGCAAAAUGCUACCUGAAGAAGAUGCAGGAAGCAGGAUUUAUAAGUGAUUGCAUCCCUUAUUGUGCUGUGAUCUCAAGCUUUGUAAAAUUAGGAGAACUGGAAAUGGCUGAAGGACUGUAUGGCGAGAUGAUUCAGUAUAAGGUGGAGCCUGAUGUUGUUGUCUAUGGUGUAUUGAUAAAUGCUUUUGCUGAUCUUGGAAGUGUUAAAGAAGCUACCAGUUAUGUUAAUGCAAUGAAAAGUGCUGGAUUGCCUGGAAAUGCUGUUACAUACAACUCAUUGAUUAAGCUUUAUACAAAAGUUGGUUACUUGAAAGAAGCACAGGAGGUUUAUGAACUACUUCAGUUGUCAGGAUUCCACCCUGAUGUGUAUUCUUCAAAUUGUAUGAUUGACCUCUACAGCAAGCGCUCAAUGGUUAGUCAAGCAGAAGCGAUUUUCAAGAACUUAAAGCAAAAGGGAGAUGCAAAUGAAUUUUCAUAUGCCAUGAUGCUGUGUAUGUAUAAAAGAAAUGGGAGGUUUGAGGAAGCCACUCAUAUAGCAAAACAGAUGAGAGACCUGGGACUUCUAACUGAUUUGUUGAGUUAUAAUAAUGUGCUUGGGCUGUAUGCCAUGGAUGGGAGAUUCAGGGAGGCAGUUAGAACUUUUAAGGAAAUGAUGAGUGCUUGCAUUCAACCUGAUGAUAGUACAUUCAAAUCACUUGGAUUUGUUCUCACGAAAUGUGGAGUUCCAAAGCGGGCUGUUAACAGGCUACAAGUAACAAGGAAGAAGGAUGCUCAGAGUGGUUUGCAAGCAUGGAUUUCCACCCUUUCCUCAGUAGUUGGAUCGGAUGAAGACGAUGCUGACAACUAUGCUGACAACUAUGCUUAGGCUUUCUCUUGCAACUGACUUUUUGGGUUUGAGUUCAUUGUCGGAUCAUUGAAGCCUAGAGAUGAACUGAUAGAUAAAACUUUAAUCAAAAGCCUCACAAAUGUAUAGCUGAGAUGCACUGUUAAAUUUAAUGUCCAUGACAGUGUGUUUAGCUUUUGUAUUUUGUAUAUUUAGUAGAGGAAAAGUUCUAGAACUUAGGCUGAUGCUGGAAGAGUAAAUAGUGUUCCUUUAUACGUAGCACCUUGUUUUCUGCUGGAAGGUUUAAUUGAGCAUUAUGUAAAUUAUGUUGUGUUAUUAGUAUGAAUGAAAGAAUUAAGAAGUCCGCUAGUUUGGCUGAUCUA